GGCAGAAUGUAUUCGUUUCAUAGACAGGUAAAGAAAUAAUGUUAAACACAAAAACAACAUUGCAAGUUUGUUUCUUUUCCAGUUCUAAUGAAUAGGAAAAUGAGAGCUUCCCAGUUGUGAUGACUAUGAUCUUCCUAAGGACCUGAGAUGUUGUUGUUUGAUGAUAUUAAAGAUAUCUUUUCAGGAGGUUUCUGCUUGCAGAAUUUCACAAACAGCUUUUAUUUCACAUGCAUGCUGAUAAUGACCUCUUCAGACUUACUCAAACACUAUUUUCUAACUUUCACAAAAAUAUUUGUAGGUGUCUGUUUUUCCUGACAUCUCCUUAGCCAUAAAUGUGAUGGAAAAUCAUACUGAAGUGACAGAAUUUAUAUUAAUUGGCUUUAAGGAUCAACCAAAAGUGCGCAUAUCUCUCUUCUUUCUCUUUUUGGUAAUAUACAUCAUCACCUUAGGGGGGAAUAUGGGCAUGAUCAUAAUUACAACUGUUGAUGUCCAACUUCAUAGCCCUAUGUAUUUCUUCCUGAAAAACCUGUCCUUUUUGGAUAUUUGCUACUCUUCAGUCAUCACUCCAAAAGCUAUGUUGGAUUUUAUAACUGGAAAUAAGAUCAUUUCCUACAGUGGCUGUGCAGCUCAGAUGUUCUUCUUUUCUCUGUUUGGAACCACAGAGGCUUUUUUCUUGGCUAUAAUGGCAUAUGACCGAUUCAUUGCCAUCUGUAGUCCGUUGCUGUAUCAUAUCAUCAUGUCACAGAAAAGAUGUGUUUGUCUUCUAUCCAUCUCUUACUUUUUUGGCUUUAUCAACUGCUGCAUCCAGACUGGUUUUACAUUCAGUCUGUCAUUUUGUGACUCACUUAUAAUUGAUCACUUCUUUUGUGAUGUCCCAGCAAUCAUGAAGAUCUCCUGCUCGGUCACUUUUGUGAAUGAACUUGUGCUCCUUUCAGUGUGUGGCUUUAUCAUUGUGACCACAGCUGUAGUAGUCAUAGUAUCCUAUGUUUAUAUUAUUAGUACUAUAAUAAAUAUACCUUCUGUCAAAGGAAAACAAAAAGCUUUUUCAACUUGUACCUCCCAUUUGAUGGCAGUUAGUUUAUUUUUUGGAACAGUUUUUUUUAUGUAUGCACAACCUGGGGCUUUGUCUUCUCCCAAUCAAGGAAAAGUUGUAUCACUGUUUUAUACAGUUGUCAUCCCAAUGUUGAACCCCAUAAUCUAUAGCUUAAGAAACAGAGAGGUUAAAGAAGCUCUGAACCGACAAUUAAGAAAAAUUGAUACCUAGCUUCUAAUAAAUCUUCGUUAAUUACUGAUAUUUGAAUUGCUGUUGAAGUUUACAUCUAUAUGUAUGACAUUAUUUCAUUUCAUUUAUUUAUCAGAUGCUGAUUUUUCUGAAAUAAUUAUUACACAGGAACACACAUACACCUCAAACAUGUAUUCCAAUAAAACUUAAUUCUGCGUUUCAUUCAAAAGAAGUAAGUUUGAUAGACCUCCAAGAUUAUUUUCAGUUGGUGUGGAUUGUGAGUGAGAAGUUGGACCUGCAACCCUAGCUUUGCAUACUUCUUUAGGGUUCAGUGCUUUCUCCACUCCUGUUUAAUAUGAAGCUGCUGUGAUCAUUUAUCACCAAUGAAUGAAGCAUUGUCAGUGUGCUGAUAAUACUCAGUUCUGCUUUUCUAAUCAUGGUGAAUUAAGUGAUGCUGUGUCUGCCCUUUCUUGGUGCUUGGAGGCUGCUGAAGUCUGAAUGGGGAAAAUAUGAAGAAACUGAACCUGGCAAAUUGGAGUAGCUCUGGCUUAGGAACUCUUUGGUUUGAGUUGUGCACUCAUUCCAGGUUGCUGCAGAGCUGAUCAAGUGGUUAGCUUGAAUGCACAUUUUGCCAUCAUGGAAGUGGGGGAUUUAUGGGCUUUUGUACUAAGGAUUUUUAAUUUUCUAAACUUUUCCAAGUCAUUGUGUGUGAAUUGGGCAGCCAUAUAAAUUUGUUUAAUAAAUAAAUAAAAA